UCAAAUUAAAUCUCCAUCACCGUCAAAGACACAUUCAGAUUCCAGCCAGCCAAUCAGCCAAUCUAAGACAAAUGAUUUUGUUGAGCUUUCCUGCCACACUGGGCGUGGGAACAGCACAGAUUCUCAUAAAAAAAGGCAGCCUGUAAAUUAUUUCCCUCCUUCUUCAAAGACCUGAACAACAAAAAAGGUUUGUGUUUAUGUGUGGUGUUCCUGUGUUGUUGUCUCUGAGCCUGUCAGUCUCGGUUGGUCUACUACUGCGAGCAUAAACAAUAUUCGGGAUCUACAGCUGUCUGCUCACGUGCGACAGUCUGAGAGACAAAAUACAAAAGGAUGUCAUCUUUCAUUCUCAUAGAUAAAUAAAACUUUUCAAGGGUCAUUAAAACCAGGGGGGUAUGCAUUACGCUUUUCUUGAGGCAGGGUUUUGAUCAAAGCCAUUUAGAGGACCUCUUUCCUCUCUUUUCCCCCACACGCCACCCUCCCACAGCCUCCCACACUCCAACCCCCAAACCAUGUCUGCCUUGCUGCUGCUAAUCAUUGGUGGUCUCCUGACUGCCAACAGUAAUUGAUUAGGGAGAGGCGGACUGGCUGGUGAGGGGGGGAAUGGAGGGGAAAGUUCAGCCCAGAAGUUCUCAAGGUCACUGCCCUCUUCUUCCCCCCUCCUCUGAACUCCUUUUCUCAUGCUAUUAGGUAUCAGCCGCAAGGGAAACUGCAAAUAUUUGGCACACUUGGUACAACUUCCAAGAGGUUUGGUGGUGGCGAGCACAAACAGGAAGGUCUGUGUAAGCAAAAUGGAUGCAUCUGCUGAAGAGGAACUCGGUGGUGAAAAGGUUGGAUUCGUGAUGUGUUGAUUCAGGAACUAAACAUCCUCGGUUUGAAUAUGCUUAUUUUUGUAGACCCCCCUCGCUGCUGAGUGCUGUCACGUUGUUUGGCCCCCUGUGGCUCCUCAACAUUCUUGACAAUAUAAAGAGGUUAGUGGAUGUUAUUCUGAAGUAGUAAUUCCCUCCAUUCCUCCUGAUUUCACAGGACGAGGUGACAUUCCUUGCCUCUGGAAAGUGAUUCACGCUGCUGUCCUGUUUAGUAAAUGCAAUUACAGCCUGAUUGAAGCAUUCUCCUCUUCUGUGAUUCAGAGCAAAGAAAAAGCCUCUUUUUCUUCUCUUUUUUUUUGGUCAGGGUGUGUGUGCCUGUGUGAGUUCUCCCUAUGACCAAACAGGGUCAUGUUCACCACAGAACCCACCGCUGACUAUGGAUGCAGAGUCUUGAUGCCUAUGGAAACAUGACUGUCACAGGAAAUGUUCAACAUGUUUCACAGUGCUGCAGCUGAGCGAGAGGUGAGGGUGUUUUAGAGAGGAGCCCUCCCAGAGCCGAGGGCUGGUGUUGAUGUUGGCCGCACAGCCAUCUCUGGGCUGUCCAGAGUUUACCGCUCUCUGGUUGUGAGACCAGUAAAAACACUCUCAGAGCAUGCUCAGAUACUCACAGACCUAUGUCUGGACAUGUAGACUAACACACAGGCUGCAGUGAGGCCCAUUGAUGUAAGUUUGUAAAUGCAAGGAGAAAGUCAAACAAAUCCAAGAGGCUCAGUUAAAGAAAAAUAAUUAGAAUAGUUUAGAAUUUAUUUCAUCACUCAGAUAGCGGAGACUGGUGGGUUUCCAUGCUUGUCUCAGCCAUCGCGCCUACAAAUUGCCCCAGGCUACAGCAGCUGUGAGGCAUUUAUCUUUGUCUGCUCUGUCACUUACACUGUCUCUCAGCAUUUAUCAUAAGGAACUCAUUUUUUAGAAAUCUGCCGGUAAGGUUACAGAUUUUCAGCUAAUUUCGAACACAACCCUCAUAAAGGAGAUGAAGCAUUAAUCCUCCGUAUAUCUUUUCGUUUCCCUACUGCUUAUGUAUAUUCAAACAACAUGUAAAAAGGAUUAUGACAACACUUGAUAUUCUUGCAAAUACCAGAUCAAGAUAUCAUGAAAGCCAGCCUCACUAGACUGCGAAUGAAAAGCACUUGUGUGGUUUAACUUUAUCCAGACUUGCGAAUACCAGUGGAGGUCCUUCUAAGAAGUAGUGGUUUCUGUUUUAUGUCCUGUCAGUGGUGUCUAUUUGCUCUCUACUGCCCCCGUUUGUUGGGCUUCAAGUAUUGACAGGGAUUAUGUCACAGGCCUAAAUUCCCCUGUUUAGCGCUGCACAAUGUUUUGAUUAAAAAAAAAAAGAGAGAGCAAAGAAACACUUGUUCUCAGCACUUCUCAAUCAAAGUAUUUACAUUCAUUGUAUAUUUAAAUUUUUUUUUGAAUGGUUAAACCUCAAGAAAGCUUGUAGUGGUUUUUAAACGGAUUGCAGGUUUCCUUUUUCUAAUCCCUCCUUUACCUUUCCUCAAGUCCUUUAGCUCUCAGCUUGCAUCUUGGCCUUUUAGCUUUGCCAUCAUACUAAAAUCUGAGCUAAACUAAACUCAGAGUUUCUGCUAGCAAUGCUGAGGUCAGGUUGUUCGUUUCACAUCACCUAUUCUCCCAGUGAAAACCAUCCUGUGGAUCUUUGAGUGACAUGGGUAUAAAAGCACUUUUCACCCCACUACAAAGAGUCUUCAGCCUUUCACUAAGUCUGUCAAUAGUCAGCUGGCCUCCCACUGAAAUCACCUCGAGGUGCUGUAAUAUGUGCCUAGCAACAAAGUCUCUCUGGAACUUUACUACCUGAAAAGCUCUGAGUGUUUAGAAAAAUGCAGUGAAUAACUUUUGCUUGUUUCUGCUGCCAGUAUGCAGAAAUUCUAGCACUGCAUGCCAACAAAUUGUUUAGCCUAAUUUGAGAAUAGUUACUGUGUCUGAGGUUAGCUUUUAUUUGGGAAAAAAUAGUCAAUGUAGUUAAAACUCCAAUUAACUCAACCUUUCUGGCAGAUUGUAAUUUAAACAGAGUUUGCCAUAUGAAUGUGGCCAAUAUAAUUCACUGGCACUUCAUUUUAUGAGUGAUGAAAGAUACGCAGAGUAACUUUAAAACCGUAAGACAUUAAUCUGGACUUGAUACACUGUAGGCAGGUAAACAUCUUGCCUUUUGAAAACUGGCUCGUUAAUUUCCCAAAGGAGAAGCACACGCUGAUGGGGGGUAGAAAUAGGAGACACCGAGGCAAGAAAUGGCAUAGCCAAAGAAGCAAACAGUAGCAGCUCGCUGUCACUCCAAAGAGAGUGUGCAAGGUGAGAGGUGGAUACUGGUGAGAAAUAAUCAUUCCCAUCACUCCACUGUCACUUCAUGGGCGUGAGAAAAAAGCUUGGAUAUCAUCUUUUCAUACAAGACUUCAAUGUGGGUGGUGUGGUGAAAUGUUUUAAAGGUGAUGCUGGAUGAUUUAUCAAGUAGCAGAGAACAGGACCGGGCCUGUGGAAUGAAGGAAAUGUCAUCUGAUGCCAUAGGGGUUGUAUGAGCAUCUGCCAGCCCAUAUUCUCACCUGAUUCCAAACACGUUGUAAGUUCCUGACAGAUGACCCCCCAGAGAAAUUAAACACUGACUUGUAUUAAAAUAACACAAUGUCCUGGCACAUGCACGGUCAUGCAUGGAUUAAACUGCACACAUAAACUGUGUAUUCAUACAAAUGCACUGCUGCUUUUGUUUUGGCACUUCCUUCCUUGUUACUAUCUAUAUGUUUUGCAGGGUACUGCUGUCUUGUUAGAGCCUUUUGAAACCAGAGUGCAUCUGCAAUGAUGCUGUUUAUCAUAUCAAAGCAUGCUGAUUAAUGCUAGCAUUCAUUUCAAGUGUUCACCUGACCUGAAGAGCAUGAAUUGGUCUGUUUUUUUCACUCCUCUCCUAAGCAACGCAUGCUACAGCUUUGUGUUUGUGUUGUGUGCAGAUGCUGUGGCUUGCGCAAUCACAGAGCAAUAUUUUAUCCCAGAGGACUGGAUGGUUGUUUAUCUUCCUCUCAGUCUGCACAGGUUUACCUGAUUAAACAGAAAAAUUGCGUGUUUAGCAGUAUAGUCAGCGUACAGUUGGAUAGGUCAUGCUAUGGAAACUACAAAUGGAGAGACACAGCGGCCUCAUAGGCGCCAGUGGAGGAAGAGCGCUCAACGUUUUUCACGCAGGUUGCUCUGUUGCUCAUGUUUGUGCGGUGAGAAGGAUCCUCUGCAGGAGCAGGAAAAGGAGAUUAACGGAGGCCCUCUGCAUCCACACUUGGAUCAACUGGGAUCAGGUGAGAAGGAGGCUAUCCAGAUUACAGUGGAGGAUCUGGGGAUAGUUAACGCCGGCUUCAGCCUGUUUGAUGAGGACCCCUUGAUCCCGAGGAACAGUGUGGCCCGCUCAGCCAGCUCUGUGUCGGCCUGCCCAAGGGCUCUGAAAAAGAAACGACUGAAGCCUCUGUCCUCACUGCCUAUACAGCCCCAGGCAGAACCAGCACUGACUCCUAGCAAUGGAGAGGAUGAUGAACAAGAAGAGGAAGACCUGUUGCUGUAUCAGAGCGGCACUGAUAGCACGCCUGCUUCUGGAAGCCUCCUGACACCACCUGUCAUCAAUCUGAUCCCACCCACUCCCUCUGAUGUGGUGGAUGAUUAUCAGUUCUUUGAAAUAAACUCAGAGGAAAGUGUGGCACAAACAUCUGGGAGUGACGGAAGCUUUGCUGCUGAUGACCAGGAGAGCUAUGAGGACAAAAUGGAGAAUGUGGAGGCAGAGGAGUCAAAGGAGGGUUGUAUCCUGGCUGAAAGGAAAGACCAUGGUGAUAGUGAAGCUGAGCCUGAAGAAGGCCAAAGUGAUGAAGCUGGGGAGCAAAGUCAGGCUGUACUAGUUAAGAAGGGGGAUACAAAGAAAACAAAUCCUGGGUUCUUCUGUAGCAGCUACCAGGUGGCUCCUCUCCCUGGGUACCCUCAGAAAAGAAGCUGCAACACUGGAAUAAAUCUUUUUUCAUUUACUGAGCACAACCUGGAUGACCCAAGCAACAGAGAUUUGAGCUGCUCCGACAUGCUGAAGGCUGAACUUUGCUUGCUUCCUCAUGCUGCCACGAUGGACGCACCUAUGCACCAUAGGCGGCAAAUAACCCGCUCGUGCAGUCUUGGGGACUCACUGACUAGGAGCGCCACUUUCCACGGUUUAACCCAGACCACAGACCAACCCAGCAAAGAGGAGGGGCGGACUCGACAGCGACGCAUAACUGUCGCAUCAUAUAUGCCUGAUUCUAAGGAUCAGAAUGGAAACUUCCCCGAGAAGGACAGAAAAGGGCAAGAGGCCAAAUCUCUCAAGGAGCUGAAUACAGAAGAAGUCUGCCAGUGGUUUACCAGUAUUGGACUGCAAAAAUGUCUCCCCUUCAUCAAAGAAGCGAAACUGUGUGGAGCAGACAUAGCCUCGGUGGAUGUGAGCACUCUGGACAUCCUCCAGAUCAGCACACUGGAAGACAGGGAGCAGCUGCUGUCAGCCAUCUAUAAUGAGCUUCACCCUCCGAGCACCACCGCUCAGAGAAUCGACUCUUUGCUCGAAUCCUUAGGGCCAAAUACCGUGGAGACAUUCACGUCCACUCUGGGGUCAAUGACCAAGUCCAAGUCUUCUCCUCAUGUGAGCUGCCUGAGUAUGAAUCGACGUUCCCUCAGAAACAGCAGCCAAAAGAAUACGGCACAGAGAAAUUCACAUCUAAUAGAAAUUACUAUUAAUGCAUCAGAGCGUAUAGUUCAUCUCAGAACGCCAAAGGAAACAACAGUUGGAAAAAUCAUGGAGUCGUGUGUUAAAAUGCUGGGAGUGACAGAAGAUAAGAGCCUGUUCACAAUGAAAGAAAAGCAAGGUUCACCUGAGGAGCUCUCACUAGAUCAGCAGAUCGGGACUUUACUGACAUCAUCAUCAUCAUCGGAGAACAGACAGCUGGAGUUGUACUUGUGUAAAACGGACAAACCAGCAGGUUCAGCCACCCAAAAUAGUGCAGAAGUAAACAGUUCCAGCGAAAAUGGCAGCAGCAACAACCAAAACAUCCAGCCACCUAAAGAAGAAAGAAUCAGGGAACUAAACCAACAGGUUGACUCGCUCCAGAAUGUCAUCCUUCAGGUCCAGGAGCUCCACCACGGCCUGGUUGCUUUUUGCUCCGAGUUAAAGAACAUGGAUGGAGAUGUGAAGUUGGACAAACUUGGGUCUGCUGAGCUGAAGCAGAAGCUGGAUUUGGUUCACAGCCAACUGAACGACAAAAAGCAGAACCUGCAGACCCUCAGAGACAACAUUAACAACUUUACUGCUCACAAGAAGAAACAGCUGGAGGUUCGUCUCUUGGAAAAGAUGAAGCUGAACUGCCAAGUGUUCAAGGAGGAAAUUUCCAUCGUACAUCUCAACCGACAGGCGGCUCACCUUCAAAACGUCUUACAAGAAAGCUAUGUUAAGGAGAAAGCUCAAAAAAAGACUUUGGCCAUUGGUAGCCUGAGCCAGCUGGUGUCACCACAGUCUCCAGCCAUGCUGCUGGUUGUACAGGAGAACCAGAGCCCUGAUGGCCAUUAUGGGUUCAUAUGUCGCUACAGGGAAGAAGGCGGACUAGUGGUAGUCAAGGUGGACAAUUCUCACCUCUGCGUGGAUGACAGAUUGGUGGAGGUGAACGGUGUACCGGUUGUCAACUCCACACAGGAAGAGCUGACUGACCUCCUGCUGCAGGGACCCAGUGCUCAAAUUGUUGUCCUUCGCCAACCCCCGCCCAGCCUCACCUCCCCUCUGUUCCUGCAGCAUACGGUCAGCCCUGAUCCCGUGCAAACAGUCUGCCCAGAGGGAGAUGCAGUCACCAUGGAAACCCCUCCACAGCGUAAGGUGAUGGCCAUCUGAUGAUUACAAGGAAGAGAAAAAAAAGACUGAGAGAAUUGCGAUGAGAAAAGUCUGCAGUCUUAUAGUUUUUUACCUCCAUAUGUGAACAUGCUUAUUGUACUGGUGAAAUGUUUCUCAUUGAUUGUUGACAAUCGCCUUUUAGUUAGAAAUGUCAUGACUGUGUUUUUCACCAUAGGUACAUAACUUUAUUCUUGGUAGUCAGUAAUGUAUAACAGAUAUUGUUUCAAUGUUUGCACAGAGCAAUGCCUUUAAAAAACAAAUAACUCAAGCAAAGACUACAUUCAUUUUUUUUCUAUUUAGAGUUCUCCUUGUUUUAUAUUAUCUAUUUUUUUUUUUUUUUGCCAUGGGGGAACAUGGAAAGUACAAAGCCUCACAAAGUUUUGCUCAACUGGAUAUGUGAUAAGCAUUUCCUUCUUUUUAAGCAUCCAGCAAAGUAGUUCCUGAGGUAUAACAAUGUAAGCCUGAUGAGCACUCUGAAUGCCUCAUCUCUUUUAAAGCAGAGACAGAAGUGGAUAGAAUCUGAAAAUAUGUGACAUAAUGUAAAAACACAAGCUUUUGCAUCCUGUCUGCAAGCUUUCUCUGCAGAUCUGACACUAAGAUGGUCUGGAACAAUGUUCAGGGCAGAACAUUUCUUAAAAAAUGAGUCAUGUCUCCCCUUUGUAAGUUGCAAUGUAAUCCACUGUGCUGUAGGAAUAAAGCCCUGGGCCCGGAAAUGCCUCAUUUCUCAGCCUUGUUCUCCCUCGUUAAGUGGCAGUGGAUCAUGCGAGUCUGACAGAAAAGACAGCACAAACACUACCAAACUCUGACCCAGACCCCUGAGG